AUGGAUUUUGAAGAAUUGGAAAAAAUAUUUGCUAACGUUCCUGUUGCAAAAGAUUGGUAUAAAAAUCCUUUCCCCAUGAGGAAAAAUUUUCAAUUGGGCAAACGAGGGGAGAUCGAACCUUAUUUUGAUGGUUUACAAUCUCGUAAAAGAUACGCAAGGUUUUGGGAUGGAGUUGAAUAUGAUCCCGAAGUUGUAAAAUUUCAAUGUUCUAAUACAUCGAGAACCUGUGCGUCGAUUAUGGCAUUUUCUGAAGGAUUAUUUAAUGGCAAGGGGUCUUUAGACACCUGUAAAAGUCAACCCAUAUACUAUUGGUCUGCACCAUUGUUCCAAGAUGAUACAUUAGUUAUGUUCUUCUCCUGUCGUCGUUGGAACGAGACCGUUUUUACUAAUAAUAAAAUACUUGACGAACAACUCUAUACCUAUGUUAACAAGACUCUUGCACCAAUUUCCAAGCGAAUUUCUGAAGAAUUCAACAUUAGCCCGCCUCUUAAUCCAAUUCUAGUACCACAAAUUUUUAAUAAUUGCCAAUUUUGGCUCACGAUUUUUAAUCGAACUGACGCAUGGUGUUCACUCUUAAGCCCUAAAGAGCUUUUAUUAUCACGACAUUAUUUCGAUAUAAUCUAUUAUCAUCAAUUAUCUUAUGGCCAUCCUCUCAAUACACGACUAGGCUGUAGAUAUAUCACUCAGCUUGUGAAUGGAGUUGAAGAUUAUUUAAAUGGUAAUUCUAGUAUGAUAGCUGAUAUAAAGAAUGCUCAUAUAUUUAAAAACAAGUACCCAGUCUCUGCAGAUUUAACUUUUGAACAAAUUAAAAAACUCGAGUAUACAGAAUAUACACUUUUACACUGGUCCUCUACGCUUUAUUUCGAAAUUUAUAAGUGCUCCGGUGAUCACGCAUUGAUACGAGUAUUACUCGACUUUAAACCGUUUCUGAUUCCGGGUUGUGAUAGUGAAUAUUGCGAGUGGAACAAAUUUAAAGAAAUUCUUGGUGAUAAGAUUGGUUGCGAUUUUGAAAAUAUGUGCGCUUAUCCUUAA